CCAGUCUGGCGGCGGUGAUGUUUGAAGAAAGGCGGGAGGAGCUGGAGGAGGAGGAAGACUAGACUGUCCGGCAGACAGGUGCGCCUCUUCCUCCUCCUCCAUACUACAGCGAGUGUGCCUCCUGUCAGGUGCAGGCAGCCGCAGCCAUGGAUCCCCGCAAGGAGAAGGCGCGAAAAACCAUGAAAGCCAAAACGACCAAGCGGAAAGAGAAGAAGCACCGGAGCGGCGUGUUCCCCCGUCGGAAAUCUCUUCGUUCUUUCAGUCAUUUCAUGGGCAGGAUUCUUAAAACUUUGAGCACUUUGGCGCACUUCGGCGAGGGACGGCCGCCGGAGCCCGGGGAGGAGGACGACGACGGCGGCUUCAGUCGAAGCGACACCGGCGGCUUUAAAGACGAAGCCCUUGCGGGCGUCCCGAAGGACGGCGUCGUGAAGAAGAGCGCCACGCUGUCGUCCCAGGGCUCGGUCAAGGAGCGGCUGUCGUGGUGCUAUGGCGACAAAACCCCCGGAGCCCUGGGGCUCAAGAACCACGGGAACACCUGCUUCAUGAACGCCGUGGUGCAGUGCCUCAGCAACACCGACCUGCUGGCCGAGUACCUCGGACUGGAGCAGUACAAGCCGAACGAGUCGGCCCGGAGGGUGAACGGCGAGGCCGCCAGGGGUGAGGUGACCGAGCAGCUGGCGUCGCUGGUUCGAGCCCUGUGGACGCUGGAGUACACGCCUCAGCUCUCCGUAGAUUUUAAGAGCAUUGUAGCCAAAUACGGCUCUCAGUUUCGGGGCAACUCGCAACACGAUGCCCUGGAGUUUCUUCUCUGGCUUUUGGACAGAGUUCAUGAAGACGCCAAAAACCCAAACAACAACAACAGUAGCAGCAGCAGUAGCAACAACGCCAAAGCCAACGUCAAGGGACCCAGCUCACUGGAGGACCUGACCAGCACGCAGCAGCCCAGAGGCCGCCAUAGCUUUGUCCAAGAACACUUUCAGGCCCAGUACAGGUCAUCUCUGACUUGCCCUCAUUGCCUUAAGCAGAGCAACACCUUCGACCCCUUUUUAUGUAUCUCCCUUCCCAUCCCUCUGCGACAAACCAGGCCAAUGUGUGUGACGCUGGUAUUCAGUACCAAGGGUCAGCGGUAUCUACGAGUGGGGCUCGCUGUGCCUCUCUUUGGCUCACUGUCGACUUUGAGAGCCAUGGUAGCCGAGGAAGGAGGCGUCUCUCCGGACCAGGUCAUCCUGGCCGAGUUGUACUCCACGGGAUUCCAACGUUCCUUCUCAGAUGACGACGACCUGACAGCCAUCGCUGAUAGUGACGUCAUCUACGCCUUUCAAGCGCCGCCUCCCCACGGUCGCGGGGGCUCCGCGCCACACUCAGGGUAUCACCACAGCCUCCCCAAUUCCCCAUUCAGCUCCUCGUCUGCGAGGUUGCCAUCAUCCGGCGCCGUAUCAACUGAGUACCUGAACCAGGGAGGCUCCUCCAAGGUUCUGCUCCUCAUCUGCAACACAUCUGGCUGUGGUCAGCAGGCUGUCAGGUUCGGGCCACCAUUUCUCAUGCUGGAAGACAGGAGCAUCUCUUGGGAGCAGCUGCAGCAGAGCAUCCUCACCAAGCUCUAUUAUCUGAUGCUGAACAGAUCUCAGGCUCAGAACACCAGAGUGCUGUUUAAAAUCCGAGUGGUGGGAGGAUCAUCAUCUCCCAGCUACCUUUCACCUCAAGACAGCAGACCGUUGCACCACCCUGCCGUCGACAGAGCACUGAAAUUUUGUGGCCCGGGGGGACCUCCCCAUGUGAAGGUUGUCAUCGAAUGGGAGCACAAGCUUAAAGACUGUCUGUUUGGCAGCAUCCAGGAAGAAGUUGUUCAAGAUGCUGAAAGCGUGAGGAACCAGCAGCAGCAGCAUCUCCAGCAACAUAACUGCACUCUGGAUCAGUGUUUCCAGCUGUAUACCAAAGAAGAGCAGCUUGCACCGGAUGAUGCCUGGAAGUGCCCCCACUGCAAGCAAAUGCAACAGGGCAUGGUGAAGAUGAGCCUGUGGACUCUGCCUGACAUACUCAUCCUUCAUCUCAAGCGCUUUCGACAGGUAGGCGAGCGCAGAAACAAGCUUUCAUCGCUGGUGCAUUUCCCGCUGACUGCUUUGGACAUGGCCCCUCACGUUGUUAAGAGGAGCCAGAGUAUGCGUAACCUGAACAGUGGGCCAUGGCCCACAUCCUGGCCAAAGUCCUCUGGGCAGGACCGCCCACCUGCAGACAUGACGCUCCCACACGAGUACCUGUAUGAUCUCUACGCCGUGUGCAAUCACCACGGAGGAAUGCACGGUGGACACUACACCGCCUAUUGCCGGAACUCUGUGGACGGCGUGUGGUACGGCUAUGACGACAGCAGCGUGGAUUUGGUCCCAGAAGAGGAAAUCUGCACCAGAGGGGCCUACAUUCUCUUCUACCAAAGAAGGAACAUCAUUCCUCCAUGGUCGGCCAGCAGCUCUUACAGAGGCUCUACAAGUUCUUCGGUGUCAGACCACUGGUUAAUCCGCUUGACGGGAGAAAGCAAGCGAGGCAGCCUGGUGUCGCGCUCCUCCACUAUCUGCCCGUCUUUCGUUGCCGACUCCCCCGACUCUCCCGUCUUCCUUGAAAAUGCUUCUAAAGAGGAAGGAGGGGGCUUUGACAGUCGGCCUAUUGUGAGGGGACUGCAAGGGCGGAGCCUUAGUAUGAGGGCACCCAACAAGGACAAGGAGACACUUAACAAGGUGCUACCCUUACGUUGGUCUCUUGGCUCCAGAGACCGCCGGAAACCUAAACCGGCACCUCCGGAGGUUCAAGAUGCCGCCCCGGUAGAGCUGGUUGAGUAUUUGGAGUCUGGUCGCCGGCCUCGCUGCACCAUGGAUCCCAUAGAGUCGUUAAUGAAUGAACCUCGAAGCGUCAAGGAGAACAAUUCCGGCCGGGCGGUCAGAUCCUCCAGUGCGGGGAGGAUCAGUAGCAUGGGUAAAGCAGGAGAUGAAUCCAAACAAGUGCCAGCGGGCCAGAGACGGCCAUCGGAUCAAACGUCCAGCUUGAGGCGCAGAAAGGAGAGCCCGUCGAGAGAAGAAGGCAGUAGUAACACUCUUAGCAGGAGAAAAGACUCCAAGAGGCAAAGCUCCUCCAAAGCCCAGCAGGAGAUGAAGCAAGCAUCCAGUUCUGGUUUUCACAGCAGCUCGAACACCUCCAGCAUUCUUGGUGGUACUCUCAGAAAGCCGAAAGACAACCAGACGGACGGGGAACGGCGUGUCGUAAACGAAGGAAGUGCAAAGCCCAAGAGCCAUGAGGGACUCCUGUCUUUUCUUAAAGGUAACUUCAUGAAGAGGGACAAGGACGCCGGGAGAUCCAAGGAGGGUACGGAUGAAGACGGCGGAAGGAGGACUCUUUCCAGGCUGUCCAUGUCUAACGGAGCAGCCUUAAGCGAGCAGAGCAAGUCUCAUGGCAAAGAACUCUCAAACGGGAAAGCUGGGCGGAGCUCAUCCGACAUCAAGCGCUCGCAGAGCUCGUCCAGCCUCCCGGCCAGGACGGAUCAGAGCGCGCGUAGGACGGCCUCGCUACAUCGCAACGGCACAUCCGCGGCCCAGACCCGUAGCCCGACGACAGAAAAGACGUCUUACGGGAGCUUGCCGAGGCCUCGCUACAGCACCGGGUCUCUGGGACGCAAAAAGAACGUUCCAGAAUCCAGCUUUUAAGGAGGGCGCCUUGAAAGAGCACCAGCCUGUCGAGUCAGAGCAAUAGAGCACAAUUACUAACUCACUUAGACUCCAAUGAAGCAGCUUCUACGCUUGGAUACAUUCUGUGUCCUCUCUGAACUACCGAGACUUGAAACAAGUGCCUGAGCAACUUCUAUGCAGUUUAGACACAAUCUGUCUUUUGAGCACUGAAAGCACACUUUACCUACCUAGCACAUGCGUGUCAUAUUAUUUUUGUAAUCCUUAAUCCUUUAUUGGUGGAGUUUGCUAACAGUCACGACACACUGAUUGUGUUCAUUGAGGAGAAUGUACAAUAGCUUUAACGCUGCUAAUACACAUCAGCUCGUUCACUUGUCCAUUCGUUAAACACUUUAAUUGGCAAGUAGUGACGGCAAAUUGCUGCAUUCCCAAGCAAAUUAAGAAUGACAAGCAUGUGGACUUUAUUUUAGCAACUACCAUUGUGUGUUUAUGUGUUUGAUGGCAGCAAUUCUUUUUCUGAAUCGCUUGUCCUUUUUUGUCUAUUUGGAAAGAGAGUCAUGCUUUGUCUCGUCACACCUCACGUCAUACAGAGCCCCUCCCCUUCUGCCAAAAAAUUGAUUUCAAUCACACUAGCCAACAAAUUUUUACUCGUGGUAUUUUUAUUUAUUUUUUCCUUUAUUAACAUAACACAAAUGAUCCAAUUUGGGAUUUUUUUAAAUGUUGAAAUUGACUUUUUUUUUCCUGCUGAUUGAAAAAACAUUUCGUCCAACACAUCAGCUUUUUCAAGAAUUAAUAAUAAUAAUAAUAAAACAGUCGACAUAAUACAGGACAAAUGUUUUUAUAUUUAUAAAUUAGGGGUUGGAUACAGUAACAGAAGGAUUUGGAAUAAGUGGUUUUCCUUUGACUGCUGAAUUUAUUUCUUCACCACCACUCUCUGGUGUGGCUGGCAAAAAAAAAAAAAAA